AUGCGGGCGGAGCGGAGCGCGACCGGGGGGAUACGGGAGGGGUCGGACCGGGGGGAUGCGGGCAGCGCAGCGGGGGCCAAGCAGAGCGGGGAGGGACCGCGGGACGGGCGCAGGAGCGGGCCAGUGGGAUGCGGGCGCUGGGGUGGAGUGGAGCGGAGCGGGGCCCGGAGCGGGGUGAUGUGGGUGGAGCGGGGCCCGGGGGAUGCGGGCGGGGCAGGGCGGGACCGAGAGGCGGGAGCGGGGCCGGAGGGAUGCGGGCGGUGGGGUGGAGCCGGGCCGGGGGGCGGGAGCGGGGCGGGAGAACAGGAGGCCGGGCGGAGCGGGACCGGGGGGCGGGACCUGCGGCUCUUCCUGCAUCCCGCCGGGCACGGGGCUUUGUCCGAGGGGCGCGGUGCCUGCUCCCCGAGCUGA